CAAACACUUACCAGAACCAUCUGUGGAGGAAAGAAAGUUCCAACCUUCUCUGCUUAUAAUACAAUACUUCCCCUAUGCUAUCAAACCUAUCACAAAGCCUAGAGUAAAAUCGAUUCUCUUAAGAUGUUAUCUCUACGAGUUCCUACUCCCACUUCCUUCGAUUUCCGGCGAUAUCAAGCCGGAGAUUUAGAGCGGCGAUGGCGGUUAAGUAGAGAUAGCUUUCUCUCUUUCUCGCCAAAAUUCGAGGAAAACAGAGGAUUCCGAUUCGGAGUCAAAUCUUCCAAAUCGGAUGUUUCGUUUACGGCGGCGGAGGAAGAAGAAACUCUGCCGGAAGAGCUACAUGCAGAGCUGAUGCCGAAACAUGUGGCGAUUAUAAUGGACGGAAACGGAAGAUGGGCGAAGAAUCGUGGUCUUCAACCUUGGGAUGGUCACAGAGCUGGCGUUGAAGCUUUGAAAGAGAUCGUUGAGCUUUGUGGUAAAUGGGGAAUUCAAGUCCUUACAGUUUUCGCUUUCUCUACUGAUAAUUGGAUUAGACCAAGAAUUGAGAUUGAUUUCUUGUUUAGUUUAUUUGAGAGAUCACUCAAAACAGAAUUUCAGAACUUAGCCAAGAACAAUGUUCGGAUAUCGAUCAUUGGAGAUUCCUCGAAACUUCCGAAAUCUCUUUUAAGAGUGAUUAACGAAGUUGAGGAAGUUACAAAGAACAACACGAGGCUUCAGCUAAUCGUAGCGGUUGGUUACAGUGGGAAAUACGAUGUUUUACAAGCGUGUAGAGGUAUCGCGAGGAGAGUGAAAGAUGGCGAAAUCGAAGUUGAGGAGAUAGACGAGAGACUGAUUGAGGAAGAAUUGGAGACGAAUUGUACUGAGUUUCCUUACCCGGAUUUACUUAUAAGAACGAGUGGUGAGCUUAGAGUGAGUAACUUCUUGUUGUGGCAAUUGGCUUAUACAGAGCUUUUCUUUGCUCAAGAACUUUGGCCUGAUUUUGGGAGAAGCGGUUUUAUCGAAGCUUUGAUGUCGUUUCAGCAGAGACAACGACGCUUUGGUGGUCGUAAAUCUUGAUUUUCUUGCAAAUGGUGUAAUGAAAACUGAAUAUGAUGUGUAAUAUACCUCAAGAACUAUGCUUUUGAGAUAGUACAGUUCCUUGUGUUGCAAGAUAUUUGUUUUAGUGAUAAGUAACGACAAAGUAACCGCUGAUUUUUAUUAGCAAAUUUUCAAUUUACCGACAUAAAGUUACAACAGCAUAAUGAUCUCUGACUGUGGAACAAGUAGUUUGAUAGAAAUCUCAGAUGAACAUAACAGAACAGAGCGGAGCAGAGGAUCAAACCCGACAG